UUAGAGCUGAACAUGACUCUCUUAACGACUAUGUUAAUUUUCACAAGCAUUUUGCACUUGGGAUAUGCCUUAAAGUGCUUUAAUUGCUGGACUGUAGUGGACCCUUCUUGCAACAAGAUUAAACAAACGGAUGACAAAUUUUUGGAGGACUGUAAGAAGAAUGUCGUUGGUUGUUUUACGAAAAUAAUUCUCUGGGAGGACGAGACAGUAGAAAUCGAGCGUAGCUGUUUUUAUGGUGAUCCCUUGGAAGUCAGAGAAAACUGCACCAUCACGACGUCAGCCAUGAUUGAAAUCGAUUGCGAUUUGUGCGAGCAAAGAACCUGUGUUCCCACAAUUCUCGUCUUCCAUAUCUCGUUCCUCAAGCUGGGCUGA